AUGAACCGGUGCCAGAAACUAGUAUAUUUAGCCCUUAAUAAGCAACAAAGAAAUAAAAUAGAUGAACUGAAGGUGACCAAAUCAGAGCAGAUUAAGCGUAAUAUUGAAGACCCCGAUUUUACACCGAAUUCUGAUGACGAAAGCAGUAUCAGUGGAAGUGAUUCCGAAAAAUUAGCUUCAGCGUCAACUAAUAAUGAUACGGUUUGCUUGAAAUCCAGCACUUCCCGUACUGAUGCUAAGAUCAAUAUCCUCAGCAACGUACAACUAGUUGGACCAGAUCUAGUGGAACCUAGCACCAGCGAGCUGAUUCCAAAUUCUAAUAGCGAUGAACUUGUUGUGGGUCAAGUUAUUGAAAAACUUUUGACCGAUGUUGAAAAACUCGUAGACCUUUCACUUUGGACUAAAGAUGGGAGACCCAGAAAACGCAGAAGAUUUUCGAAAUCUGUAGAAGAAAGAAAACGCUUGAAUAAGAAUCGAAUUGCCGAUGCGCAUAAAAUAAUUAAUAGUUGUGGAAAUGAUUGCGUUAAAAAAUGCCAAAAAACAUUUUCUUAUUCUCAUCGCACCUUAAUUAAUAAUGAAUUUUGGAAUAUGAACCACAACGAACAAAAAACUUUCAUAUUCCAUAAUGUUUCGCGAUCACCUACCAAAAGAACAACAGUACAUUCAGCAACUUCAUCUCGACGCUCAAAUACAUUGCAGUAUGCCUUCAAAAAUGAAAGUGGUCGUAGGGUGGCAGUGUGUAAAACAUUCUUUCUUACAACCCUUGGUUUUAAAAAAUCUAACGAUAAAAUGGUGAGAACAGUGUUCGGCAACUUUAAUGAAACUGUCAUUACUCCUAAACGUGAUGGCCGUGGCAAGAAUCCAAAAAAGAAGUUUGAUAGAGACGUAAUCAUUAAACAUAUUGAAUCUUUUAACCCAACAAUCGCGCAUUAUCGCCGUGAGCAUGCUCCAUUGCGUAAGUACUUGCCCAGUGACAUAACAAUUAAAUCUAUGUAUGAUGAUUUUAUUGAAAAACAUCCAUCUAUAACUUUUUCUUAUUAUCUUUAUCGAGAAGUCGUGGAUAGUCUGAACAUAUCGUUCACUAAACUUGGACACGAAGAAUGUUUCACGUGUGAAGUAUUUAUGCAUCAUUCAAAAGCGAGUGGACACAAAAAAGAAGAUAUUUCUGUAACUUGCAAAGACUGUGAAGCGUGGAACACUCACCAUACGAACUAUACAGCGGCAAGAAUGCAAUACCAAAAAGACUGCAAAGAAAACGAUGUCGUCGUUACAGUUGACUUACAAAAGGUUAUCAUGUUGCCGCGAUGUGACACUUUUAAAGAAGUGAUUUUUGUACCCCGACUUGUGGCGUACAACGAAAGUUUUAUCUCAGCUGGACCGAAAUCGAAAGUGGGCCACUUUGCUGCAGUAUGGCAUGAAGCUAUUCAAGGAAGAAAUAAAGAAGACAUAGUUAGCUCAUUUUACAAAUACUUUCUGCACAUGCGAGACGCAAAACAUGUAAUACUAUGGCUUGAUAACUGCACCGCACAGAACAAGAAUUGGUGUCUGUAUAGUUUCUUUAUAUACAUUGUUAACUGCGCCGAAGUUGCUGUACAAAAGUUGGAAGUCAAGUACUUCGAAUCAGGCCAUACUUUUAUGGCAGCCGAUUCGUUUCACCACGCAGUCGAGAACUCUUUGAGAAAAGCAGGAAAAGUCUACGAUUUUAAUGAUUACGUCACAGCUGUUAAAAAUGCAUGUAAAGGAGUUUAUGUUGAGGAAAUGGAUGAAAAUUCAUUUUUUCUGUGGGAGGAUCACACAUCUCAAUACAAACUCAAUAAGAUAACACCACGACCAUAUUUAAACGAAAUGUCUCAUGUAGUUUUUCGAAGAGGCGAUCGAACACUCUCAUAUUCACGUUUUUUUGAAGGAGAGUUCAUAAAUUUGAAUUUUUUGAACCACAAAUCCUUUAAAACAGGAAUUUCUUUACCUCUACUAAAAGGAGAACCAAGAGGCAUAUCAAAAAUAAGAAAGCAGACUAUAAUAUCUAAACUUGGAGCAAUAUUUCCUAAAACGAGGUUGGUGUUUUGGGAAAAUUUGCCAAUCGAAAAAGAACAUUCUUCCAAGAACCAAGAUGUUGACACUGAUUAA